AUUCCCUUCUCUUCCAAAUACUUAACCUUUAUGGUUAUUUCUUCUCGUUAGGGGAAAGAAGACUUUUGGGUUGUCCCUCAAACAUUCUUUGCUUGCUUUGUUUACCCUGCUAGAACUUCAUUAUAUAUACCCUUGAAACUGCUUGCAAGUAUUUCUAAUUCUACACUUCAACUCAUAUUCCAUCAUAUCGUCUCGGACUUCAAUCUACUCACCACAAAAGAUCUUAAUAACAGCUUCUUCAACAUGGGCAUCCUUGGAACAAUGGCAAGAAAUUUGGACACAAUUGUGGGGCCUGGAGUAUUGCUUCUUUAUCCUUUAUACGCAUCAAUGAGGGCAAUUGAGAGUCCUUCAACCUUAGAUGAUCAGCAGUGGUUAACAUAUUGGGUUUUGUACUCCUUCAUCACCCUCUUCGAGCUUUCGUGUUACAAGAUCCUAGCAUGGUUUCCAAUUUGGCCAUACAUGAAGCUAGUGUUUUGCCUCUGGCUGGUAUUGCCAAUGUUCAAUGGAGCUGCUUACAUAUAUGAGAACUAUGUGAGGCAAUACGUCAAGAAUAUAGGAAGCUACUAUGGAAAUUCUAAGUAUCCCGAGGAGCAAAAGAAAGUUCUUCAGAUGAUGAGUUUAGAUGCAAGGAAAGCUGUUGAACGUUAUAUAGAUACUCAUGGCUCUGAUGCCUUUGAGAGAGUAAUCAAAGCAGCUGAUAGAGAAGCAAGGAGGCACUGAAGAUUAAUUUGACCAAAUUGAUGCUUAAAGAAUUUACAUAUGCUGUAAUCAAUAAUUGUUGUGCAUGGAUGACUAGGUCUCAGAAAUUAUUAUCCUUUAAUUAAAUGCCAACAAUCUUUUUAAUUUUUUUUAACACUAUGUAAAGUUAUCUAUUUAGUUUCCAUGGUAUGAGAAUUAAGGGCUUUCAUUAUCAAAAUCAA